AUGCGGGAAAAAAUAGUAUUGCUCAUAUUAUGUAGCCUAGUUGUGGGCCAAUUUGAGCCCGAAAGAUUGUGUUUUCGAAAAGGCGAAGAAGCCGUUGAGCCAUGUGCUUGUGCAGAUUCACAAAAUAUCGAUAAAUUGAAUAAUGAUGUGAUUUAUGAGAAGGUGCAAAAGUUGCUCAAAAAGGAUUUCUUCCGGUUUUAUAAGGUGAGAGUUUUGAAAACGGUUUACGAAGGGAAAACGCGCUCUAUUGAUGAUUUCGAUUGUUCUAUGGGGCGCGAUUGACAAAUUGAAUGAUUUUCCUCGGGAAAUCUCACAUUUAUAUUUCAGGUAAACAUGGAUAAAACAUGUCCAUUCUGGGCCGAUGAUCGUCAAUGUGGAACUUCGCAAUGUGGAAUCGCAUUCUGUGACGACGAAGUUCCAGCUGGACUUCGAAAACCGACAAGUGUAAACGUGGUACGAGUUAGAGCAUCUUCUCAAGAUUCAAAAAAUAACACUGACCGCUGGAAUUCGACGACUACAACAACAAUAACUAUUCAGAGAGAAUGCGAGACAAAACAAGGCGCAAAAAAAGAAGAAGAAUUUGAUCCGAUGGAUAGAAGUUUGGAGGAAAAAGAGAAAAAACAAUUGAAUGAUAUGGAUCAACAUGAUGAUGGUUUAGAAGACAAAUUUUGUGAAAUUGAUGGUGAGCUGGAUAUUUGUGGGAUUCGAGGGGUUUGUGGUGAAAAUCUAACUGAAAAUUAAUAAUUUUUGAUGGAAUAUCAGAAAUAUUUGAGCAAGUUUGAUAACUAUUGAUAACUCUGGAAUUCCUGAAAGUUUGAAUUUUUUCAAUUUUCACGCGAUUUUUCGUCAAUGUCAUAGAAAUUCCUGAAAUUUCAAAUUUUUCUCCAUUUUUUUGCUGUUUCAAACAAUAAUAGUUCAAUCAAACAAAUACAUUAUUUGUUUGCACAAUUUUUUUAAUUAAAAAAAUAUAACAAAAGAAUUGCGGGAGCUGAUCAAAUUUGAAAUUUGAAAAUGGGGCAAAUCAGGGAUUUUUGGACCGAAAAAUUACCAAAAAAACAUCAUUUUCACCCAAAAUAUCUCAAUUCCAACCUGAAUUCUUCCAAUUUUCAGAUGAAGAAUCGGCCGAUAUGCACUAUGUUGAUUUGUCGAAAAAUCCUGAAAGAUACACUGGAUAUGCUGGAAAAUCACCGCAACGAGUUUGGAAAAGUAUUUAUGAGGAAAAUUGUUUCAAGUGAGCUUAUUGAAGGGGUUUUGAAAAUAUAAGCGAAAUUUUUGGAUUUUUACUUUGAAAUUUCCUGAACUUUUUAUUUCAAAAUUUGGGCGCCAAACAAUUCUUCAAAAAUUUCUUAUUUCCCGCUCCCAAAUCAAUCUAAUUUUUCCAGACCCGAUCCAAAAUUCGACAAAAACUUCCUCACCAACCCAAAUAAUUUUGGUAAGUUUUUCCUCCAUUUUUUCUAUUUUUUUGGUGAAAAUUCUCGAAUUUUCAUUCACAUUCACACAAAAAGUCCUCUCCCCAUGUCAAAUACUAACACAAUAUUUUUGAGUUUUUUUCUACAGAAGGUACGUGGCAAUUUGAAAUCUGGUGAUGGUUUUUUUUUUGAGUUUUAUCUGUUGUUGUGAUGUGCUUUUAUCUGGGCCGCUUUUCCCCCUAUUUUUUGGUGUUUUGUGCGAUUUUACGAAAAAAACACGUCAGAAAAUUUGAAUUUUUCAGGAAUGUGCUUGGAGAAACGUGUCUUUUAUCGAUUGAUUUCUGGACUUCAUUCGGCUAUUACUAUUUCGAUUGCGGCUUAUAAUUAUAAACCACGUAGGUUUUUUGGGGAGCGGGAAAUUUGAAUUUGAAUCUGGGGGCUGAAAAUUUGAGAUAUAUCUCCAAAGUAUACUUUGAGUUGAAAAAUUCACUAUUUCAGAGUUGGUAGUGAAAUUCAUGGUUUUCUGAUAUUUUAUUAAUUUUUUGGUUGAGAAAUCUUGAAAAGUUUUUCUUUUUCACUGUUUCAAAAUAUUUUUAUUAAAAUUUGGCGAUUGUUUAAAUUUCUUCGAUGACUUAAAAUCGAAUGAAAAAUUGGCUGAAAAAUUGAUUUGACCAGAAAUCCUCUAUUUUAAUCAAAAUUUUCAGAAGAACAAUUUUUCCUAUUUUUCACUGUUUCAAAAAUUAUUGUAAAUUACAAAGAAUUGAAAUUUUUCAAAUUCAAUGCGAAGUAUGCAAAAAUAGGCCUAUUUUCAAUUAAAAAAUAAAACAUUUUUUCUGGAAAAUUACAAUUCAACCAAAUUUUCAGGGGAAACUUUUUUCAAUAAAAAAUUUGUAUAUUGAAGGUUUGAAGUUCAGCUGUUAGUAAAUUACAGACUGUGAAACUUCAAUAUUCAAAAAUUGAAUUUUUCCAAAUCUCCCUCGAAAUAAUUCCACUUUUUCUUACAGCUCCACCAAGUUUGGGUAAAUUCGGUGCUCAAAUUCAACAAGGAACAUGGUUCCGAAAUACGGAAAUGUUUGCUGGUCGAUUUGGAACAAAAUGGUCAUGGGAAGGACCGCAAAGACUCAGAAAUGUAUAUUUUGUUUAUCUUCUCGAAUUGAGAGCACUGCAAAAGGCUAAACCAUAUUUGCUCAAUGAGUUAUUUUAUACUGGAAAUGAAAAGGUAAGAGAACAUGGAAAGGUUUUCUGGGAUUUUGGGAAAUUUGGAUCGUUUUGAUAUCAAAUAUGGAUAUUUUUGAGACGCUGUAGGAUCUCUGUAAAAAUUCUUCAAAUUUUUGGAAUACUGUAAAUUUUUCGAUGCGGUACCCUACAGCAACCCAAUCAGGCUUGUUUGGAGUUUAAAAAAACCUAAAUUUGAUCACCUACAGUAACCUGGACGUAUUUGGGCACUAAAAAUCUUUAAAAUUAAUUUCAGGAAGAUCAAGAAACUCGAAGAGCUGUUGAAGAACUUUUGGAAGCAAUCGAUUCUUAUGAAAAUCAUUUCGAUGAAUCUGAUAUGUUUACUGGAGUUGAAGCACAAGCUCGAGAACUUCGAGAAGAAUUCCGAUCGCAUUUUGUGAAUAUUUCGAGAAUUAUGGAUUGUGUCGAAUGUGAUAAAUGUCGACUUUGGGGAAAAGUUCAAACACAUGGAAUGGGAACUGCGCUGAAGAUUUUGUUCAGCGAUUUACCACAUUCACAUUAUAAACAUGAUUUGAGCAAAUUUCAAUUGACUAGGUGAGUAUUUUGAGGGAGUAGAUAAUAGGGUUUUUCGACCUAAAAAUGAAUCACAAAUUGUUUUUUUCAGAAACGAAGUAGUUGCUUUGCUCCAAAGUUUUGGUCGAUAUUCCUCAAGUAUUCAAGAAGUUGCCAAUUUCAGAUCGGAUAUGUUUCCACAAGCUGAAGGAUCAGAAUUUCAGCGAAAAAAUUCUGAAAAACUAGAAUUAUAG